GCUACUUUAGGCCCAAGUGACUGUCACGUGCAACGACCCUGCGGGAGGUUGAUGCGCGCUUGAAAGCUUGGACCCUGUGGAACUCUUUUCUCUGUUGCCUCCCCCACCACAGACUCUGCACAUCACCGAACAGACAGCACCUGGGAGCAAACAUGAUUUCGGCCGGCAAAAUGCAAAAUCGGUGCCCUGGGUGUCGUGCUCAGAUUCUGAGCUUCUACGAUGCUUUGUUGCUGCGGCACAGCAGGCCGACCGCGCACCCAUUCCUUCAGCGGCCUGUGCAGUCCGCUGCGGCAGCCUCGACAGUCACCCGCCCUUGGCGGACCAACUCAGUCAGGCGAAUUUCAACGAUCACGCCAAUCCGACAGGAGCCAACGGGCAAGAUUGUCGACGCGCAGUUACCGAGUGCAGGUGGCCAGCCAACGCUCGAAGAGAUCGAGAUAGUCGUGCGCCAGGCGAGACAGACGUUCGGCAACACGCUGCCUGCCGACUACCUCACGCCCGACGAGCUCAAGGUCUACGAAAGGUUAUACGGGCCGCCUCUUCGCGAAACACGGCCAGAGGAUGUUGGCAUUCCGUUUCCUGAGCGAGAUGUCGAGGAGCAGCAUGCCCUGCUCAGGGAAACCCCAGAGGGCGUGCUGGAGGAGGUCAAGUACACCUUCGAUCGCGCCACAGCCAUUGGCUCUGAAGAAGUGCAAGAACAAGGUUCCCCGGAAGACGUCGAGGAAACCGGGACACUCGAAACCGCCUACAGCGUUCCCCCGCUCACCGACACCCAAAUCGAGUACCUCAAUGUGUCGGCCAACAACCAGCGCGAGUAUGAAGCCCUGGUGAAACUACAGCGCGACUUUGAGGCAGCAGCAACCCUGCAGCCAGCCGAGGAGAUCCAAGAAGAAGAAAACAUCAUUGAGGAGGACGAGCCGCGCGAAGAAGAAGAGAUUGACGAGGACGAGGGCGAGCCGGAUGCGACCUUUCUUGAAGACGCCGAGCCACGUGGUUCCCGACUGCACGAGUACACGAGAAUGGGCCAGUUCAAAACCAACCCCAGCACGCUGCAGCUUCCCAAGAUGACGUUCGUCGAACCAAUCACUACUCUGCUAAACAGAACGGACAUUGCACACAUCACCGAGACUGCAGAACGCGUGCUUGGCGGCCCCGGACUGCCGUAUGGCCCGGCGACUCCCAAGUCCAAGUCGAAUCUCCCUCAGAAGGGCAUCCUAUUGGAGGCUGGCCAUCACAGGAUGUCUCAAAUCGAGGCCGAUGCAUACCUCGCUACUGUGCUUCCGGGCCUGUAUGCAUCAGUCACCAGCGUCCUCGUCGAGGUGCGGAAACGGCUCGGUGAAAAGUGGUUAAAGGACCUCAUCACUCGACCCGAUGGAACUGGGCCGCGAGUGCUGGACGUGGGCGCCGGCGGAGCGGGGCUGGUUGCGUGGCAAGACGUGCUCCAGGCUGGGUGGGAUGUCCUUCGGGAAAAGGGGGAGGUCAGGGGCGAGACGCCUCCGGGCAAGAAGACAGUAGUCGUAGGGUCGGAAAAUCUGCGCCAGCGGGUUUCUCGGUUUUUGCACAACACCACUUUUCUUCCCCGUCUGCCCGACUACAUCCACUCGAUCGAAGGCUCCGAACGCAAGCUUGACUCUGGCGGCGGCCCUGCGCCCCGUAAAGUCUUCGAUGUCAUCAUCGCGUCACACGUGCUGAUGCCCCUUGAGAAGGAGUACAAGCGCAAGGAGCUUCUGGAAAACCUAUGGAGUAUGCUCUCCCCGGAGGGCGGUGUUCUUAUUGUGCUGGAAAAAGGACACCCACGCGGCUUCGAGGCUGUAGCCAGCGUGCGCGAUCGCAUCCUCGAUGAGUUCAUCAUCCCGCCUACGCCGCAGCCGCGCGCAGAGGAGAUCCAGUCGGAUGCCGAGCGGGUGCGGGAGCCCGGCAUGAUAAUCGCGCCGUGCACCAACCACACCAAGUGCCCGAUGUACCUCACUCCCGGUCUGAGCCAGGGGCGCAAGGACUUCUGUCACUUCAGCCAGCGGUUCAUCCGCCCACCUUUCUUGCAGAAGGUGCUCGGCGCCUCGCAUCACAGCCACGAGGACAUCAAAUUCAGCUACCUUGCCGUGCGCAGGGGCGCCCAACCGGACGCCUCGUCUACCGAUGCGCUCACCUUCUUACAGGGCAGCGACGCCACCGACAAGGCCUUCGCGGGCUACGAAGACUCCCUUGGCGCUCCCCCUCACCCGCUUUCGCUGCCACGCAACAUCCUCGCUCCCCUCAAGCGCCGCGGGCAUGUCACGCUCGACCUCUGCACGCCUGCCGGCAACAUAGAGCGGUGGGUGGUGCCCAAGUCGUUCUCCAAGCAGGCGUACCACGAUGCGCGCAAGGCCGUCUGGGGCGACCUGUGGGCGCUCGGCGCCAAGACACGCACCGUCCGCCGGGUCCGGCUUGGCAAGGGCGGCGUGGACCCCGGCGACGGCGGUGUCCGUUCCCGAGAAGCAGCAGCUGCGAACAAGAAGAGGCCCAAAGUUGUGAAUAUCAAUGUGCAUCCGCAGUAUGGCGUGAUCGGGACAACGGAAAGACAUCCCGGUGGCUAUGCGCCCGUUGAGAGGAGGACCAAGGGCGGGAAGAAGGUCAAGAUCGAUGAUUUACUGCAGAAGAUGGGCAUUGAUGAAGUUGAGGAUCCUGAAGACAAGGAGGACGCCGAGUUCAUGCGGGAGGAUGCCAAGUUCAUGCGCACCGUGAGGUGAAGGUAUAGCUGUACAUCAUGACAUGUAUAACAGUAGUUGUCUGUACAAUACCAGGAACUGUACAUCCAGUAUGAACGGUCCCAACAGCACCCCCUUCGCACUGCACCCCUCGAGAGGAAGGCGCCUGCAAGGUGCUACCUUAGCCUCCAGUACUAGUGUAAUAUGUGCUGGCAUGCGUUCGAUGGCCUUGCUUCUUGAGGUAUAACGUCCAGAUACUAUGCGUUCCUCCACGAACCGGUUUCUCUCCUGCGCCAUGCAUCGGCAAUGAGUGUGGUCAAUCGUCUCAUGCAGGCCGAGCUCCGUCCUUGCAUGGAUGAUGCAGUAUGUAGCGUUCCCAUGAAGCGUCGCCGAGGGUAAGACGGAGCAACGAUCGACCAGCCGACGAUUCCUUCGUCCACGUUUCACAUCUUCUCGACGACGACAAGCGGGAAGGGAGUCC